AGAGAAAAGGGAUUACACAGAAGGCAAUAUGGACAAAGACUGGUGUUGACAUUUUCUUACAAUGAUCUCUGAACGGAUGUUUCAGAGUGUCUGUGUGUUGGUGAUUUUCUUCAGUCAACGGACUUUUACAUCAGCUUUUGAUCCAUAUACCAAACAGGCCCGUUUAUGCAAUGGUGUUGUCAUCUGGCCCGCCAAGCCAUUGCUACCGACGAGAAAUAUUGGUUCUGCUGAGAGGUUUCCAAGAGAAAAGGCAGUCCAUGAUUUUGUAGAAGAUCUGGAAGUUCUGGUUAAUGAAUCUAGAACAGGUAUACAUGUCAGAAGCAUGAGUAGUGCGCAUACACGCCACAAAAGAAGUACACAUGUGCCAGAUUCAGACGUGUUGGAUAAAGUGUGUAAUGACAAAAAAGACACAGGUAACCCAUGGGAUGAAGAUUUACCUAGUACAGCAUACCGGAUGUUAAGAGGAUUUAUGGGUUUGUGUAAUGGCCAAACCAACCAAGAAACAGUAGUUCAAGAACAAGAGAAAAGAAAAAGAAAAAGGAGCGACACUGUUCCAGUUCAUGAAGGAGUAACCUUUAUUCCAUCACAUAGUGUUAAAGAUGUUACUCCGGCGAAGAAAAAGAAAAAGAAGAAGAAGAAAAAGAAGAAAGCAAAUGUGAAAAAAUAUCAACCAGCAGAGGUCCUUACAAAAUUGAAAGAGAAACCAUUUAAUAAACCAGAAGCAAAAGUUUGGGAUUUUGUAGAACCGGACAAUACUGCUAAGAUGCAGCCAGCUGACGACACACACCCAGACGUGAAAAUUAUUAAGUGGAAUGGAGGGGAUUUUGUCGAUCCACAUUCAUCCAAAGUAUUAUCGUUUGGGAGACGAAAACGCAGUACAGACCAGAUUUUCACUUUACGAAAUGUUGACCACACAGUUUCUGGACAUUCUGCAUGUCUGCCUCAUUAUGAGUUAUUCUGGUUCAGGGACAUUGUUGAGUACAUGGACGACAUGUGUUGGGUGCUUGGAAAGUUUUCUCGAAAGUUUUACUAUUCUUCAAAUUGCAUGCCUGGAGUGUGUCAUGCAUCAAACCCAUUAUUCAGGAAGCAGUCCCAUUGUUAUCCUGGAAAGCAUUCUACUCACGUUAUAUGGUUUUAUUGUCCAAAUUUAGAACCUGGUGAAAGGUAUCGAAAAAUGGCAUUCAAUUUAGCUCACAAUUGUGAAUGCAGGACUUGUUGAUUCGAAUUUCUUUGUACAUUGUUAAUAAAUAAUUUCGAAAUUUU